GAAAGUUUCAGCAGAACCUCUAAUAAGAAAAUCUGACCAGCAGGAGGAGGAAGUCCAGGAAAAUCAUGGAAAAUCCUCUGUCAAUACGUGAUUUUCGUCGCAUAAAAAGUUACAAAUUCAACACUGAAGGUCUCGAGACAACAACUUCCAAUGAACAGAUUGCUACGGAAAAGCUGGUGGAACAAUGUUUCGAUAGAUUCAGCCAGUUGAUUGCCAUGGAUCCGGAUUUGCCAAAUCUACAGCGAGAGAGUCACAUUGCGAAUUUGGAGAAAUGUUUCCGGGGUCUUCCGGAGGGUUACAGUUCUCUGGACAGUAGUCGCCCGUGGCUUGUGUAUUGGAUUCUCAACUCAGCAGCACUUCUCAAUCACACAUUUACCGACACUCAGAAGCAGAGAACGGUGGAUUUUCUCAAAAAAUGUCAGAGCCCAAUUGGAGGAUUUGCUGGUGGGCCAGGGCAGUAUCCGCAUUUAGCCCCAACGUACGCUGCUGUUAAUGCCUUAUCCAUUAUUGGGACUCCCAGUGCCUUGGAAGCCAUCAAUCGGGAGGCUCUUGUGCGCUUCCUGCGUGCCAUUCGGGAACCCAAUGGUGCCUUCCGGAUGCACAUUGAUGGGGAAUUGGAUGUACGUGGGGCGUACUGUGCUAUUGCUGCUGCUAAAUUAGCCGCAAUCCCUGCGGAGGAAUUUGAGGCAAUUUUCGAGGGAACUGCUGAAUGGAUUGCCAGCUGUCAGACGUACGAAGGGGGCUUUGGGGGGGCUCCUGAUCUCGAAGCUCACGGUGGAUACUCAUUCUGUGCCGCAGCGGCCCUUGCGCUCCUCGGAAAGCCACAAGUUUGCAAUCUCAGAGCCCUCCUCAAAUGGACUGUGAAUCGACAGAUGGCCUUUGAGGGUGGCUUCCAGGGAAGAACGAACAAGCUCGUUGAUUCCUGCUAUUCCUUCUGGCAAGGAUCCCUCGUGGUGGUUGUUCAGACACUCAUGGCCAGUGUAGAUCCUUUUGCAAAGACCCCAACAACACGUCCAAUGUUCUACAGUGAAGCCCUCCAGGAGUACAUCCUCAUUUGUUGCCAAAGACCCUCAGGAGGUUUUAUUGAUAAGCCAGGGAAGUCCGCGGAUGUCUACCACACGUGUUACGCCCUCAGUGGGCUGUCCAUAGCGCAGCAUGCGGAAUUCAAUAUGGAACCCCGUGUUAUUGGACGGCGAUGCAAUGAGCUCAUCCCUACGCAUCCUGUCCACAAUAUUCCCCCAGCAGCAGUUGCAGCAGCUUACUCCUACAACCGUUCCCGUGGGCAAACAAAAUCCCCAUCGCAGGAGACCACGGCGGAGAUUGAAGAUAUUUGGGACGAUGAUUCUGAGCGGGACAAGUAGGCGGGUGGGACAGUUUGGGACACAUUUCGCGCGUUCGUCCCACUGCCACGAAUAUGAUUUCUUUUCCUUCCCAGUUCACGGCAUCUUACUCACAGGGCGCAUUUCCCCAUUACGCGGGAGUUUUGUAAUUAAUUUAUAAAGUAAUUUGUUGCAGUAAAAUUCGCGAAGAAAUUUUGCAUUUGGGUGAAAA